GCAGGCUGUGCGCGAGCCUACAACUCCCAUUAUGCUCCACCGGGGACAGCGCGGCUUCUCGCUGGGAGGCUGCAGUUCACCCCUUCAACCUCGCUUACACUUCUUCAAUACUCCUCGCUUUGCCUCUGGCAUUUGGGGGAGCUCUUCAAUCCCUUCAUAGGGGCACUGCGGCUGACGCGCUGAGACCUCUGAGGAGGCGUGGCUCCGCACCGGAAGAACCUGCGGUUGCCCGGGGAACGCCACGCACCACGGCGCCUGACCCGCCACUGAUGCUUGGGCUGAGCCGGAGGCUACCCGUUCACCCAACUUGCGGAGGCGGCUUUGCUCAGGCCCAGGGAUUAUUUCUAUGGAGGCCUAGAGAGAAAGGCUGAGGGACGCCCGCACCAGAUUCCCAUCGCAGAGACGGAUACGAGCGAGUGCGUCCAUUCCUGUUCUUCAGCAGCUCCCGGGCCCGCAAGACUAACCUCAAAGACCAGCUGGUUUGUAAAUACUUGACUCACAUUAUGGGAUUGCUAGACAGACUUUCAGGCUUGCUUGGCCUGAGGAAGAAGGAGGUUCAUGUUUUGUGCCUUGGGCUGGAUAAUAGUGGCAAAACAACAAUCAUUAAUAAACUUAAACCUUCAAACGCUCAAUCUCAAGAUAUAGUUCCAACGAUAGGAUUCAGCAUAGAGAAAUUCAAAUCGUCCAGUUUGUCUUUUACAGUGUUUGACAUGUCAGGUCAAGGAAGAUACAGAAAUCUCUGGGAACACUAUUAUAAAGAAGGACAAGCCAUUAUUUUUGUCAUUGAUAGUAGUGAUAGAUUAAGAAUGGUUGUGGCCAAAGAAGAACUUGAUACUCUUCUGAAUCAUCCAGGAGACAGAUCCAAAAAAAUAUUGCUACGAUUUAUGUCAACGAGUGUUCUGCCUGUUUUCUCUUCUAAGAGUUUUAUGGUUUCAGAUAUUAAGCACCGCCGAAUACCAAUCUUAUUCUUUGCGAACAAAAUGGAUCUUAGAGAUGCAGUGACAUCUGUAAAAGUGUCUCAAUUGCUGUGUUUAGAGAACAUCAAAGAUAAACCAUGGCAUAUUUGUGCUAGUGAUGCCAUAAAAGGAGAAGGAUUGCAAGAAGGUGUAGACUGGCUUCAAGAUCAGAUCCAGGCUGUGAAGACAUGAAAAGAUAGUAUUUGGAAACCUCAACAAUUUUCAAUUCAAGGAAUAUAUAUUAAGGCACACUGAAUACUUUAAAUUUUUUGAAAGUUGUUUUUACAUCUAAGAAUACUUGAUAAUCUUCUGCUUGCAUUUAUGGACUCUGAAUGAGGUUUUUAAGAACAUAAGACUUCAGGGAUGCUAAUCUGGCCAUUAAUUAUAUGAAAACUAAAUGUUUCCUGAAGGUCUCCCUCCCCAGAAUUAUCAACUUCUUGAAAGGUCUACAUUUGAUUGUAAUUAGAAUGUGUAAAGUCAGAGUUAUCUCAGUAUCUCAUCUUGAUUUAUGAUAUCUUUAAUGCAUUUUAUUUUUUUAAUUGUCUUCUAAAAACUUAGCUUAUGAUAUGACUUUGUAGUAUGAUUGUGCUUGUGAAAAAGAACUUGUAAAUAUUUAUAAGGGACCAUGGGUAAUUAAUAUAUAUUAAAGUUUUGCUAUAUGUCACCAUCAAUAAAACAUAAAAUAUAAUAUACAAACUAGUGUGCUUUAUAUGCUGAAAAGAAUAAUGCUGUGUUAAUAUGGUAUUUUGUGUUUUACUGUCAAACAUUUGUAAAUUACCUGAGACCAAGUUAAGCUGAAUUUAUUUGUUCAGUGAAUAAAACACUGAAUAAAUAAAUGAAACAUCUCUGUACCUAUUACUAGUUUAGCAUUGUCCUAGGCAAUGGUGAUACAAGGUAAACAAAACGUAUUCCUAAUCCUCAGAGAGCUUAAAAUUUAAUGAGGGAGAAUUUGAGAAUCUUUUCAUUCAGAGUAUCUAAUUUUAUUUCAUUGGCUGACUGAAAAUAUUGCAUUUUAAGAUUAAGAGGUAUAAAAAUGAAUUAAUGUGAUUCUUCAUAAUUAUUACAACUGACUUAUUCUUUCUUCCUUUAAAAUGUCUCCAGUUUACUGCAGUACUUUGUUAAAAUAGACUGUGACUCACCAACUGUGUUUUUCCUGAGCAUAAACUGCUACAAAAAUGUUUUUUAGAAUUUUAAACAUAUCUCUGCCAUCUACUGUAUGCAAAUUGUGUUACUUCUCACAACUUAGAGACUGCUUAUAAUUGUAAACUCUAAAUAGAAGCUUUCAUUUUUAAUUAAUCACUGGGAAACAGUGGAUAGAGCAAUGGUGUAAAUCCUAAAAAAUAUUACAUAUAAAGAAAAACUGUAAUAUAUAAUGUGUAACAUCAUAAAUAUCAUUAGCUGUGAAAAUGAUAAAAACAGAAGACAAAAGGUAAGUGAGUAAUAAAGGUGUAUUAUGAUAAUUACAGUAGUGGUAUGUUUCACAGAGAUUUGAAUAAAAUAAUUUUAAAACUACAGUAAAAGUUCUGUAAUUCAGUUUCUCUUAGUCCAGAAAUCCCAGUGAUUUUGAAUUUGGCAUAUUGAAAGUUAUCCAGAAUAUUCCAGUGAUCCAGCAUUUUAGCUAGGUUGCCAGCCUCUCAUAAAUUGUUUUGAUGAAGAUACAAAGUGAGUCUCAUUAAUCUAGAGCUGCCUCAAAUAUAAAAAAGACAUGAAGAUGAAAACACUGUAAUUCAACAAAAAAAACCUAAUAUGCUGUAACUAUUUUAGGAGGAUGGAGAAAGGGGUGUUUUAAGAGAAUUCAAAUCCUCAUCUACCAUAAGGUAACAAUAACAAUAAUAAAAGCUAUCACUAUAUUUUGAGCAAGAUAUUAUUAUAUGUAUGGGAUUUUGCAUGAUAUAAUCCUCAUAAUAGCCUUAUGUAGUAGAUUCUAGUGUUUGUUUUAUAGACAAGGAAACUGAGGCCUAAAAAAAGGUUGUUUAAGGUCACAGAGCUAGUAAAUGGUGGUGCUGGGAUUCAGAACCAAACAAUCUGUUUAAAAUGGAUGAUUCAAGAGCUAAGAGUAUUACUGAUUUUAGAAAUAUAGAGGUAUCUGCCAUAAGAAUAGCUAAAAGGAUGGGAAAAAUCUCUUACUGGGGUGGGAGACCAGGAUUGGGGUGCUGGAGGUCAGGGACAAGGGACUGCUGUUUUUUUCUUUUUGCUUGUUUUAAGUCUAUUAACACUUCAAAAUUUAAACUCUGGGCAGGAAUGACUAUGAAAAAAAUAAUUCUUGAAAUUAUGUUGAUUUGUUGAUGCUAAAUUAGUAUUCCACAAACUACAGUAAUUCACACCUAUGCAAAUAUGUAGAAGAGAGCUUACUAACUGCUUCCUUUGUUUUCAUGAUCUCCAGAUCUAGUUUAUAGUGUAUAAACAUCCAUUUGUACUCUACAUUUUUAUGUAAAGAUUAUGUAGAAGCAAGUUGGGCUACAGUGGUCACAGCACGCCAUGUGUGUAUACACUGAGGUUAUUGCAUUUGUAUUUAACAUAUUAUGCAAUUAAAAUUUAUUGCAUUAAAGCUCAAGCAAGUGUUUUUUUAUGUUUAGACAUCACUGUGUUAACAAAGUUUAAUUCAUUAAGCUCCACAUUUCAAUGUGACACCUCAUAAAUUGUUCAAAAGUUAGCCUAUUGUAUGUUUUUGCAUUUAAAUAUUUAUAAUGUGGCCCUAUUCAGCCUGUGCCUUAUAAAUCACAAAAGAGCUGAGUUGUAUAUAUUUUUCAUUUAUAGGUUGUCUGCUAAAAAUUAUGAAUUGCCUUCUGAUUACUUAAGUUAUUUUUUUCCCACCGUAUUGUGAUUUCCAUAAAUAUAUGUAGUUACUCUAGAGAAAACUUAAGGCAAAUACAUUCUGCAUGUAACUCUGGUACAUUAAAAUACUGUAGCAUUUUAACUGAUUUGCUUUCUGAGUUUUCCUUCUUGCUUCUUAGUUAAAAAAUAAAUAAAACCAAUAUUAAAUGCUCACUUAAACAGAUGUUAAAAUGGGUUUGUUCAUUUCUGUGACUGGAAGGAAAUACUUUGACUGAGAAAUGGUUAUUGUGUUUAAUUGAAUGUUUCAAGUAACUUAUUUAUUACAUUUUUAUUGUGAAUCUUUCUCAUUAAGGAUGUUCCUUCUGGGGUUUGCAAGGAACUGCCU